AUGUCUUCUCCUGCUUCGAAGACCACCGGCACCAAGGCCAAGACUGCCUCCAUGGAAUCCAGAUGCACCACUUUCUCCGACAUCAUCAGAGCUCUUGACGAGGCCCAUGACCGCAUCGCCUCUAUGGGCGUCGACGAGAUGAAGGCCGAACGCGUUGACAGCAUCAACUCCAUGCUCGUUGACAGUGAUGCCAAGUUCAUCACCCCUCGCAAGGCUUUUGACGUCAAGAAGUACAUGGCGGACCUCGAGAAUGGCGACAUCACCCUUCGCCAGAUCCAAGUCGCCGCCAACGCCAUCAAGCUCCCUGAGGAGCACCUCGCUGAUUACAUCCGCAUCAAUGGCAGUGAGCUUUCGACAAUCUCUUCUUUGUUCACGUUGACGAUGCUGAUAACGACACAGAGCUGCCUGAGCCCAAGCNCCGGCCCUGGCAAGUGCAUUUACGACCCCUACNCCCUUACUCCCAAGCGCAAGCGCGACGCCAUCUCCGACAACAUCGAAGAUGCUUUUAAGAAGGUCAAGAACGUCUUUAAGUGA